AUGGUUCGCAUGGCAGCUGACGUGUCGCAGGAUUGGAACCCUGUGGUUCUCAACAAGGGUCGGCCGAAGAACCCUGCUAGCAGGACUGCAGUUAACGACGCCAGGAGGACUGGUCAAGACGUUGAAGUGACUGCGAAGUGGCGUGGCGGACAGAACAUGAGUACCAAAGAGGGACUUCCCGCCAACGCUGCCAAGCUUGAUCAGGACAACGCUGUGUACAAGCACCCCCACAUCAGCACUGAGUUCCGACAUGCCCUCCAGCAAGCAAGGCUGGCUAAGAAGAUGAGCCAGGCUGACCUUGCCAAGGCAAUCAAUGAGAAGCCCACCGUCAUUAAUGAGUACGAGUCUGGUAAGGCGAUACCUAACGGAGCCAUCAUCAGCAAGCUCAACAGAAUUCUCGGUACCCGCCUCCCCAAGGCUAAGGCAGCUAACUAG